GACUUUUCUCUCUUGCGUCUAGACGCUCGUGUAGCCGCAGUGGUGAACGGAUACCGGAGACGCUUCGCUGAAAAAUGCUCCCGUUAUCCAUCAAAGAUGACGAGUACAAGCCUGCCAAGUUCAACCUGGUCGUCAAAAUAUCGAGCUGGUUCAGAUCAAUUCUUGCAGAUAAGACCUCUCGCAAUCUGUUUUUCUUCUUGUGUUUGAAUCUCUCCUUCGCAUUCGUGGAGCUCCUGUAUGGGAUAUGGAGUAACAGUUUAGGUUUGAUAUCCGAUUCCUUUCACAUGUUCUUCGACUGCACCGCUCUCCUGGCAGGCCUCGCAGCAUCAGUCAUCUCACGGUGGAGGUCCAAUGAUUCCUUCUCGUACGGGUAUGUCAGAGCAGAAGUUCUGGCGGGCUUCGUGAACGGCCUGUUUCUGAUCUUUACUGCCUUCUUUAUCUUCUCAGAGGGUGUAGAGAGGGCGCUAGAACCUCCAGAUGUGCACCACGACCGAUUACUGCCGGUGUCAGUGGCAGGACUGUUGGUGAAUCUUGUGGGAGUAUUUGUUUUUCAACACGGAGGACACGGACACUCUCAUGGGGGCGAAGGUCAUGGCCACAGUCAUUCUCUUUUUAAUGGCAAUGUGGGACAUGAACACAGUCAUGGCGGACACGGUCACGGAGGCCACGGUCACAGUCAUGAGUCCAAGCACGGACAUGAUCACGGUCACUCGCACGGACAUGAUCACGGUCACUCGCACGGAGGACAUGAAGAUUCAUGUCACGAUGACCAGUUGCACAUGCCGGGAACAGGCUCCAGCAAGCAGAUAUUACAAGGUGUUUUUCUGCACAUCGUUGCGGACACGCUGGGCAGCAUCGGUGUCAUAAUAUCAGCCAUCCUGAUGCAGAAAUACGACCUGAUGAUCGCGGACCCAAUCUGCUCCAUGCUCAUCUCGAUUCUCAUCGGUGUGAGUGUGGUCCCUCUGCUCAAGGAAUCCAUUGGGAUCCUGAUGCAACGGACACCUCCGUCUCUGGACCAUGCCCUUCCUGAGUGCUACCAAAGGGUUCAGCAUCUUCAGGGCGUUUACAAUCUUCAAGAGCCUCAUUUCUGGACGCUAUGCACAGACGUCUACAUCGGCACACUCAAACUCCUCGUGGCACCUGAUGCAGAUACUAGAUGGAUCCUGAGCCAGACGCACAAUAUUUUCACACAGGUUGGCGUCCGACAGCUGUAUGUUCAGAUGGACGUCGCUGCCAUGUAGGAGUCCGCCACACUUCUGAUCUUUGGGAGUCCUGGGACCAAAGGCCUUCUGUGCUGCUGUGGGGAAUUUCUCCACCACAACCCAACUCUCUUUGGGUUUCUGUUGCUCCACCUCCCUCUUGGAUUAAGAUGGAGCUGGGGCAGUCCAGCAAUCUGACUCCGCUCUUACCAGAAAAACGAUGACGAAAAUAACAACUGACCAGCUAUGUGUUGUUUCGGAGGGAGGCAGGGACUCGCAACGUUGACGUUGCCAACACAUCACCCUGGCGGUCAUUUGAAGUUCAUUCUUUGAAGUUCCCGUCUGCUUUUUUUAUAAUCCCACCGGACGGUUUAUUUUUCCUGUUAAUUAUGCGUUAUCAAAAUGAGGUUUUAAUUAUUGGUUGUAUGAGUGCGGAGGUCAGUGGACAUUUGUAAAAAUUACAUAACUGUGUACGGUUCAUUGACUGUAUGUGUGUUUUCCUCCUGCUUUUUUUCUGUUGCACAGUUGUAAAGAAGUGCAGGAUCCCAUUAUCAACAGAUUUGUCUGCAUUUCUUAAGUGCCUUUUUGAAAGCGAUCAUGGACAAUCGCUUAAACCGUAUUUGAUGGCCAACACGAAUGAAAUGACUUGCUGAGUAUAAUUAAAACAUUCCUUUUGCA